AUGGAUUCUCCUGCAAAGGGUGACAACCGUCAAGGUUUGAAGGCAAGCCAGAAACACAUAGAAUUUCAGUUGCAACGUGAAAAAGCCUACACACGCGAGCUUGAAGAAAGGCUCAAAACACAACAAGCUCAAAUAGCCAAGCUUGACCAGGAUAAAGCGGAGCUAAGGCGUGAGCUUGUCACACUCACUGAUGACGACAAGAAGAAAACUAAACUAGAGGAAAGGUGCCAUGCAUUACAAAAGGAACUGGCAGAAAAACAAGCUGCAUUGGUUGCGGAACAAAAACGGAUUACAUCUACUGAGUGCGAAAAGGAACAAAUCCGACGUGAUGCCCAUGCCUCCAUAGCAAAAUGGUGUGAGGCUGAAAAGCAAUGGAUUGCGGAGAAUGAGGCGCUUCAAAAAGAAUUAGACAUUUUUAAAGAGCAACUUUUAAGGUUACAACAUGAAUUUGAAGAGCUGGUGAGCAGUCGUGCGGAUGUGUUAAAACAACUACAGUGUGAGAGGGAGCACUCUUCAAGGUUGGAAUCUGCAGCUGCUGCAACGGAGAAGAAGAUAGCGUCGUUGCAUUCUCGUAUUGAAUCAUUACAGAAUGAUAUAUAUACACGGGAUGAAACUGUUUUCAAAUUGGACGAGGCGGGCAAUAAAUGGCAGGAAAUUUGCCACUCAAAGGAUGAUGAAAUCCGCUCCUUGGAGCUACAGAAUGCAAAACAAUCAGAUACGAUUGAAAGACUUCAAACUACGAUUUCUACGCUGAACCAGCGCAUUGAGGCCAUUAAGUUGCUAGGAAUAGAAGAGAAGGGACACACCGAGAAGAUUUCCUGUGACCUACAUGAGUGCAAAAAAGAGAAUAAACUACUUCAAUUAGAGUUAGAGACAGUCCGUCGCGAUCUUGAACAUGCCUCACAAAAUGCAUCCAAACAGCAGGAAAUGAUACUGGAUUUGCGUACAAAGCUAGCGUCAUCAACUGAUCAAUUAAAGGAAAAGAACACUGAAAUACGAAAACAGGAACUGACUAUUAGUCAACUUACAGCGGAUAUUAAGAGGGAGGAACGAGAACGAAGUGACAAUGGUUAUUUGGUAACUUCUUUAGAAAAUCAGCUGCAAACUCUUCGUAAUGGUUUUGAAGAGGCUCAGUCUGUGAUAAAGUCUCUUCAUGAAGAAAAGGCAUUGAUUGAAGUUGAAUUACACCAGACUAAAGUGUCGCAUGAAGCCAAGGAUGAAGCAGUUGUACUUAUGAAAUCAGAGCUUGAAGAUAAGAUUGAGGGUUUUCUUGUGGAUAUUAAGAAUCUUGAGUCGGAAGUGACUGCACGACAGCAGAUGAUUAACAGUAUAACAAGGCAGUUGGGUGAUGCAAAUCUGAAGAAUGAGGAACUUCAUGAAAGGGUUCUACAAGACUCUGACUUGAUAGCUCAGUUUCGCACUGCCAUUGAGGAGUUACAGAAGGAAAAUAAGAAUAAUUGCUUUGAACAACUUUUUCAAGAGGAAGCUAUCAUCAGGUCCAAGUUGUGUGAGCAAUACCUUGGGGAUAUGUGCGAUACAAUUUUUCAUCACACUGGAGGAAUUGAAACUUUAUUGCGGCAAUGCUUUAAUGAAAUAUCUCGCUUAGAUAGUGUUACUCGGGAAUUGGAUACUGAAAAGAUUGCCGCGAUGCAUAAACUAGAUGCAAUGGAGUUGAGUCUGGAAGAAGAGAUCCAAAAGCAGAGAGAGCGUGAAGCAAAACAAACUCAUGAAAUUGAAACACGAAAUGUGGAGUUGGUAGCACUUCAAAAUCAGAUAAGGGAAUAUGAGGAAAGCCUCACAUUGUUGAAGAGUGGGGUUGAGGAGCAGCGCAACCGAUGUAAUGAAUUUCAAAGAAACAACAAAUUGCUAUCCGAUAAGCUUGUUGCUACAGAAAAUAUUUUACAAGAAAUGUCUAUCUCUACAGAAAAACACGUAUAUUUCUCAGAGUGUGCCACAAGGUGGCUUCAAGACGUUAUGGGGUCACUGAUGUUUUCUUUUGAGCAUUAUGCAAAAUGGAUGUUGGAAAAAGCGGAUAUUGUUGGAGUAGAGUUUUACAGGGUCCACGUUAAAGAAAAAAAGAGAGUUUUAGAGGCUCUGGACUAUUCAAAAAAAAUACAGAGGGAAACCGAGGAGAGAUGCACACAUCUUCACUUGCAGCUACGCAACGCUGAGUUCAGUCUGGGAGACCAAGAGAAGGCCACAAUUAAAAAAAAUGAGAACCUUCUUUCGGAGAUUCGUCUUAUUGAAAAACAACGAGAUGCUGCUGAUAAAAUGAAAGAGGAAGUAAUGCAGAAAUUGGAUUCCGUCUCCAAUCAGCUUCUUGCUGAGAAAAAUACAAAAGAUGAACGGAUACGUGGAAUUCUUGUGGAAUUGGACAUUGAAAAACACAACACUCAACUUAUUGAAAAUAAGCUUCAGAAGCUUCAAAAAAACUUUGAUUAUGAACUUGGAAGGAAGAUGGAGUAUAAAAAGGCUUUACAGGAGGUUAAAGCGAGGCGUGAGGAGGCAGAGAGGUAUCGAGCAACUGAGAAGGAUUGGGCAAUGAAGGCUAUUAGUUGCGCCAAUGAGGAGGUUAACUAUUGGGUGAAAAGUUUUGAGAAGCUGAAGUCUAUGUUGGAUGAGUUAUCUAGUAGAUCAGGUGCGCGAGUUUCGGCUGUUGAUCAAGCGACUAUUAACAGCUUUGAGGAGGCAAAGAACAGGCUUGUAUUACGUGAUCAAGAUGUUAACGUUGCCUCGUCUGAAGAAGUAAGGUGCAGGGGAAAACGCGCCCGAAUAGAAUAG